UGAUUUCCCUGCAAUGAACAUUUAUUGAACAAGGCGUGUGUGUAUGGAAAUGUUAAACCUCGACAGCCACACUAACACAGAUUGCAAACCUCGGAGGGACAGCGAAGACAAAACCCAAGACAACCGUGUCUCCACAAGGCGAGACCAGACAAGAGACACCGUGCCAUGAGCUGUCCUAUAUGCCUGGAUCCCUUCAAGGACCCUGUAGUCCUCCCUUGCGGCCAUAGCUUCUGCCGGACCACCUGCACCAAGGGGCUCGUGAGGAAGGGCCGGAUUACAUGCCCCACGUGCAGAAAGGUCCAUUUGGCGCCUGAAGGGGUUAAAGGUCUACCCAAGAACUAUGCUCUGGAGGAGGUGAUUGAUGAGAGUCCUAACUCAGACCCACUGUGCCCUGAUCACCUGGACGAGAGAGUGAAUCUAUUCUGCACCCAGUGCUAUGUACCCGUGUGCGUCAAAUGUUGCCUCAGUAGACGAGAUCGUGGUCGUGAUGCCGGACAUAGGGAACAUCAAGUCAUCCCUCUUGAUCAGACGAAGGAUUACAUACAGGGGCUUCUGUCGGUGGCGGAAGGGUAUCUGACGUCACGGAGGAGGGAGGAAUAUAAUUACCUGGAGAAAUUGAUAGCAGCGGAAGAGAAAUUACAGAAUGAGGAAGAAACAAACUCCGAGACAACCAGAGAGCAUCCGCAAGGUUUCCAAGCAACCGGGAAUCCCCGUACGCCGCUCGAUGGGCGCUGCGUUCACCUUGGAGGCAUUGGAGAUCAGUCCCAGCAGGUCACUGACCGACUCAUUCAGUAUGAUCGUCUGCUGCGCCGGUGUCAGGAAAUGACUACGUCAUCCGGGGAAGGAGGCAGUUUGUGGACGAAACUCCCAGAAUUCCGCCGCCUCCUUCAGAGCCUGGACCACUUGCCGGACCCCCAUCCUCCAAUCAUGGACCCACCAGACGCUCCUCCUCCGAUCGUAGAUCCACCCGAUCCCCCUUCUCCCAGCGUAGACCCGGCUGAUUCCCCUCCUCCUGUCAUGGCUGCCCCCGGUUCCUCUCCUAUCGCGGUUCAAGCCGAUUCCCCUCCUCCCAUCAUGGAUGAAGACAGCACCCCUCCUCCGAUCUUAUACCCACCCAACACUCCUCCUCCCAUCAUGGAUGCAUACAGCACCCCUCAUCCAAUUUUGGAUCCACCCAACACCCCUCCUACCAUCAUGAUUCCAUCCAACACCCCUCCACCCAUAAUGGAUCAGCCGAACACUUCUCCUCCAAUCUUGUAUCCGCCCGACGGUCCACCUCCCAUGGACCCGCCCAUCUCUGACAUCAACCAUCAGACCACCGACCUGUCACAGGUUGUAGGAGAUGUCACCAAGUGCUUCUUGCCUCUUCAAGGCAAGCCCUGCUCUCCCAAGCUCCUCCCUCAGGAGUGUGCGGUGGACCAGCGGUCUGUGUCUCUCAACUGGAUAUACGACCCUAGUGAUAACAUAGGAUACUUCACAGUGUAUUACGAGACUGCAAUAUUCACCCACGGCCUGUGUAGUAAUAGGACAAGUGUGGUGGUGACAGACUUUGGUCAAAAUGUUGGUCACGUCACGCUCCAUGACCUUGACCCAGAGACAAGGUACAAGAUAUCAGUGACAGCCAGCAACGAGUUUGGAGAAAGUUCUCCUACAGAACAUCUAUACUGUCGAACCUCUGCCACCAAACCUGAACUGUGUUUGUUAUAGUUUACCGGGGAUAUGUGUGUAUAGGACACAUCACAACUUUCAAUUUGGAGGGAAAAAACAGAACUCAAACUUAUACUGCUACAAAUGAAGGAAAAACAAACCCGUACUCAUAGGUCAUUGAAGUAUGCCUGCAAAAAGAUACUAAAAGUUAAUGCAUUUUUACAUGUAUUUUACACCGUUUCAUACAAACAGUGUGGGUUUCUAAUC